GCCUCUGAGCAUUGUCGCUCUUUCUGCAAUCUGCCAAUUUCCCAACGGAUGGACCACCACAGAACAUUUUAUAGCACCAACGUUUUCCUCUGUUUUUGGACCUCCAGCUAGUGGGGGCUUCACUCCGGGUCAGAGGUGGUUCUCAGCUCCUGAACUCAGCCAUGAAGUCCCGUCCAGGAGCUGCGGCCGUGCUGCUGCCCAUCGCUCUCUGCCUCAGUUUGGCUCCGGUGUGUUUGGGCGCUGCCAUCCCCGCUGCGUGUGGAACCAUCUACAAGAGCUUCGCUCAGUGUCUCAUCUCACUCGGGGACAGUUUGGCGGAAACACAAAAAGACCAGAACACACAGGACAUCGACUCAAUCUGCAGGUCCUGGAAUACUUUCCACGUCUGUGCCGGCUCCGCCCUGGCCGGCUGUCCAGGAGAAGCAGCAGCUAUCUGGGAGUCUCUGAGACAAGAGUCCAGGAAGGCCCAGUUUUCCGGAAACCUCUAUGACAUGUGCGCCAGCCGGACCACUCUCCCCCCCAGCACUCUGCCUGCACCCGACAGCUCUGCCACCUCGGACCAGACGAACAAGGAGACUCUGAAGGGCCAUGCACACAAACACGGCUCCACCAGCAUCUCAGUGCUGCUGCCUGUGUGCAGCAUGCUGCUGCUGCUGUCCCUCAAGAGUUAGUCACCCCAAACAGAGACGCUCACACAGCAAAGACUCAACAAGCUGCAGGCUUUUAAACUGGAGAUGCCACCGUGAGAGGCUGGGUGAUUGUUGUCCGGAGUGAAUGCCUGCAGCAAAGCUUCUGGUUAAAUGUUUAUAGAUAUAAAAGUUUUUAUCUGACUGAUGGUAGCUGCUCCACCUGCUGUCCAGUUCACAGUGGAGAAGAUUUCAGAACAUUCAGUUCUGAAAAAGUUUAAUUUAAUUUACUGGAUUUGUUCUGGUUCAUUUCAGAUGGGGGCAUUUUUGAUACUGGGCAGAAGUCUUGGGUCUCUUAGUUUCUUUAUAUUUCUCAGAAAUUGACUUAGUCAGUUUUGCAAUCUUUUUAAAGAUGCCUAGGGAAUUUUUUUCCGAGUAUUUUGUGUUUUGUUUUAAGCCUCUUAUGAAAAAAAUACCCCAUGACACAGAGAAUUACAUUUUAACAUCUCCUUAGAAUAGAAAAUAAAAUAAUAUAAAUGUCCUUUAUUGUUCCUCCAGGGGGGAAAUUCAGGUGUACCAGCAGCAAUGCGUCAGGCAGGUCGAAUAUUGCAGAAUUACACAAAAAUAAAAAUAUAAAAGUAGAACUAGCAAUAACAUACUGUACAGCAAAGGCUAAUUUACAACAUAAGAAAAGACUGUAGAGUUAAUAAAAACCAUAAACAUGCAGUCAAAUAGGAUGAUUUAAAAAAUUGUAUAUGUGUGAAUAAAAAGCAACAACAAACAUUUACCAGAAGUGAAAACAAUCAGUGCAAACAACAGGAGGGAUGAAAACACUUAUUGAGUUUGUUGAUCUAGGAUGCAGCAGUCUGUCACUGAAGGAGCUUCCCAGCGUCGUGCACAGAGUGGACGACAUCGUCCGUUAAUCCCUUAACUGGCGGCAAAAAAGGCAGAGUAUUCAAACAAAGUAGAUUUGUCCCAUGGAUGGGAUACUGCCAGUUAAGGGGUUAAUGAUUUUGUCUUAGUUAAAGUCCUUCUGUCUCCCACCACCUGCGUGGGGUCAAAGGGCAACCUAAAAGAGCAUUAAGCGUUUAUAGACGAGGCUUGUUGACAGAUUUGAUUACAAACUGGAUAAUGAUGCUUUUCUCAAGUACUGUGUCGGGUUUUCUAACUUAUUCUGAUCACCUGUCCUGAAAUAACAUAAAUGCAAGUAAAAAUGGAACCAGAGUAGAAAAAACUUAAAGUGAAGUUAUUCUGAUCAAGAUCAUUACAAGAUUGGAUCAUUUUAGGCAAAUUUAAAAAAGUAUGAGAUUCUUUUGCAAAGCACUCUACCCAUUUAGCUAUUAGAUAAAUAUUAAAAGUUUAUUACUAUGUUCUAGAGCUUUCUUUCUGCCAACCUUUCCCGCUCCUUUCACAGAUUUGUUAUUAAGUAAUUGUUUAAACAAUAACAGCGACAACAGAUCUGAAAUAAAACCUAAAUCCAGCAGGAAUAUUUGAUAGAAACUGUUUUCUUUAUUCCACUUCUGAAGAAGAAAAUUAGAUUUUUAAACAAUGCUUCAAAUCCUUAUGUACAUGUAAUCAUUUCAUGUUUAUGCAGCGGCAGCUUUGUGCGAAAUGUUUUGCUGUGUAGCAAGUUUAAAUAAUCAGAAAGUUAAACCCUUCUUGUUUCUAAAUUUGGAUGUGUAAUGACAUUUCAUCCUCUGCUUUAAGAGUUAUCAUUCAGUUGAACUUUUUUUCCCAGAACCUAUUUUAUUAAAAGGUUCUGAUUUUAAAAGAAAACUAAAAGAAAGAGGUUCCUCUUAAAGAAAAAACAAACCUUUUAUACCUGUAAAUGAAACUGCUGGAGCUCCUUCCACGUCUGCGUUCUUGUCAUGGUUUGUUUGCCUGUUUGUGUAAAACUGAUUUUCAAACUAAUUGCUGAUUUAAAGGAGUGUGAACAGAAAUAAAGCAGUUAUUUUAAGAGUGAAUUCAGCCUCACUUGUAUCAAUGUGCGUAGGUGAAACAAGGAGGUUAAACUUAAUACUCUUAAGCCGUUUCAUAACCGCAGAUUCAUGAGCAGAUUAAUCUCGUCUUUCUCCUCUCAUGCACGAUGUAGCGGGUCGUACCUUGAAACCUUUAAAUUUCUCUUCAUCUCCUCGGGUGGAAGAUGAUUAGCAGUGGAAGAUGAUUAGCAGUGGAAGAUGAUUAGCAGUGCAUCAGGUUCUCAGUCAAUAUCCUCGUUUACGUUCCCUUACAAAAAUACUUGUUAUAGAAAAUCAGGAUGUGUGAAACCUGUCAGACUUCAUUUUUCUGGACUUUCAGAGCUUUUUAAAAUUCUGUGUAAGACUUGAAUUUCCCCUCUGAGGGAGAAUAAGGAUAUUUUUAAUCUAUUCUGGACAUAAUGAGAAAUUAUCAACAGUUUUAUAAUAAGUCACCAUGGACAUACAGGAAUAUUGUGAUUUUGUUCCUCAUACGUCAGAAAUAAAUUACAUGAACA